UGAGUUGACAUGAAGAGCAUAACCCCAGUGAAGAUGCUUUCUGCAUGUGCUCUGCUCCUGCUGGCGUUCAGUGUGACCGACGGACUCAUCAUGACUAAAUGUGAGCUGAAGGCCAAACUGGACGCCGCUCAGUUCCAGCAGAUCAUAGCCAAUGGAGAGAAGAUCCCCGUCAACAAUCUCAUCGCCAGACUGGUCUGCAUGGCCAACAGCACAGCCUUCAACACCAGCUCCGUCAAAGUGAUCGCGCUCAACAAUAAACAGAAGAGAUCAGCUCCAAACCCGGCAAAACCUCCAGCUCAAGACCCAGCACACGCUGUAGCUCACAAUACAUCUAAAGAUCCACCACACAAUGCAUCAAAAGCUCCACCUCAUGCAGCACCAUCCAAAGCUCCAGCCCACCUUGCAUCUAAAGCUCCAGCUCAUGCAUCUAAAGAUCCACAUCACAAUGCAUCUAAAGCUCCACCACCAUCUAAAGCUCCACCUCGUGCACCAGCAUCUAAAGCUCCACCUCAGGCUGCACAUAAAGCUGUAAUUCACGAUGCAUCUAAAGCUCCACCAUCCCGAGUUCCACCUCAGGUUCCAACAGGACGAACCCCAGAAGGCCCCACCAAAGCUCCCCAUAGCUCUGGCAAUGAGACACAGCAUCCACAGCCCAAAGCUAUGGAGAGACUGUAUGGAGUGUUUCAGCUCAGUGAUCAGCUGGCCUGCGUCUCCGGCAUGGCGCCAUCACUCAACAUCUGCAACAUGAACUGCAAUGAAAGGUCUGCAAUUGGCUCCAACGCUCUGGUGCUGUUCAUCGAUUAG